UUUUUUCUUUUUUCUUUUUAACAAUCACUCAUUAUUAAUUAUUCCCGGGAAAACACAGGGACAAAACGGUAAACUCACAUGUGAAAACGCGGGCAACAAAAGCCGUUGAAGGGCAUUUUCGGAAAGAGUGUCUAAUAAGUUUAUAAAUCCACUGUCCAGUUCACACACCCUCACACACUCCGACAUCUUCUUCCCCAAACUACCCUUUCUCUCUCACCUAAUAUUUCUCUCUCACACAGUCACACACACAUACACAUACACAUACACACUGGUAUUUGUUAGAUGAUUUGGUUGCUUGAGGUUACUGACUCACUUUCUAGGGCUCCAUAAAAUUACUCUUUGAAAAUAUAUUUUCAUUCAUUCAUUUUGUGACAAUUUAUUAUUAUUGCUUCUGUUUCACUAAUGGAAGCGGUUCCGGUUCCGGCGAUGGUUCCGGCGACGUCUCCGGCGACUACCCCGGAUGAUUGUUGUGUGAAGGUAGCUGUACAUAUACGGCCGCUUAUCGGAGAUGAAAAGCUUCAAGCGUGUAAGGAUUGUGUCACCGUUGUACCUGGAAAACCUCAGGUGCAACUUGGGACACAUUCUUUCACUUUCGAUCAUGUGUAUGGUAGCACCGGCUCCCCACCAUCAGCCAUGUUCGAAGAGUGCGUUUCUCCUCUUGUUGAUGGUCUGUUCCAAGGAUAUAACGCUACCGUUCUAGCUUAUGGCCAGACGGGUUCGGGCAAGACAUACACCAUGGGCACUGGAUUCAAAGACGGUUGCCAAACAGGGCUUAUUCCUCAAGCCAUGGAUGCAUUGUUCAACAAGAUUGAAUCUUUACAGCAUCAAAUAGAGUUUCAAUUGCAUGUUUCCUUCAUUGAGAUUCUAAAAGAGGAAGUACGGGACUUGUUGGAUAACAAAUCGGAGCUAACAAAUGGGCAGAACGGGAAAACGAAUAGUCCCGGGAAACCACCUAUACAAAUUCGUGAAACGUCCAAUGGUGUCAUAACGCUUGCGGGUACUACAGAAUGUAGCGUUAAAACGCUAAAGGAAAUGAGUGAUUGCCUCGAGCAUGGAUCGUUAAGCCGGGCAACCGGGAGCACGAAUAUGAAUAAUCAAUCAAGCCGUUCACACGCAAUAUUUACAAUCACAUUAGAACAAAUGAGCAAGCCAAAUUCAAAUGAUUCUAUGUGUGACGAAUAUCUUUGUGCCAAGUUGCAUUUAGUUGAUCUUGCUGGAUCAGAACGUGCUAAAAGAACGGGUUCUGAUGGCAUGCGCUUCAAAGAAGGAGUUCAUAUUAACAAGGGUCUUCUUGCACUUGGAAAUGUCAUUAGUGCCCUUGGUGAUGAGAAAAAACGGAAAGAAGGUGCUCAUGUUCCAUACAGAGAUAGUAAACUUACUCGGCUCUUACAGGACUCACUUGGUGGGAACAGCAGAACCGUUAUGAUAGCAUGUGUUAGUCCUGCUGAUAUAAAUGCUGAGGAAACUCUCAACACGCUAAAGUACGCAAACCGUGCUAGGAAUAUCCAAAAUAAGCCAGUGGUGAAUAGGGAUCCAGUGUCCAAUGAAAUGUUAAAGAUGCGUCAACAAUUAGAAUUCUUGCAAGCGGAACUUUGUGCUCGUGGUGGAGAUUCUUCUGUUGAAUUACAGGUUCUUCGGAAGCGAAUCACUUGGCUUGAAGCUACUAAUCAAGAUCUACGCAGAGAACUUCAUGAGUACCGUAUGAGAUGUGAUGGUAUUGAUCAAUCUGAAAAGGUUUCUGCCAAAGUUGCUGAUUCCUUUUGCAUGAAAAAUGAAGGGCUUAAAAGGGGUUUGCAAAGUGUGGAUUCAUCUGAUUACCCGAUGAGUGAAAGUGAGGAAGAAGCAGCUAAAGAAUUGGAGCAUACCCUUCGCCAAGACUCUAUGGACAAGGAGUUACACGAGUUAAAUACGCGUUUAGAACAAAAAGAGUCGGAGAUGAGACUUUUUGAAGGAUCUGAUACCAUGACUCUUAAGCAACAUUUCGGAAAGAAAUUAAUGGAACUUGAAGAGGAAAAACAGGCAGUGCAGAUGGAGAGGGAUCGAUUACUUGCUGAAGUUGAAAACCUUUCUGCUUCUACGGACGGUCAAACACAAAAAAUGCAAGACUUACACUCCCACAAAUUGAAAUCCCUUGAAUCACAGAUUCAGGAACUUAAGAAGAAACAAGAGAGUCAAGUUCAGCUUUCGAGGCAAAAACAAAAGAGCGAUGAAGCUGCAAAAAGAUUACAAGAUGAAAUACAAUUUAUCAAGGCACAAAAGGUUCAACUACAAAACAAGAUAAAACAAGAAGCUGAACAAUUUCGACAGUGGAAAGCAUCACGCGAGAAAGAACUACUGCAGCUAAAGAAGGAAGGGAGGAGGAAUGAAUACGAAAGACACAAAUUGCAGGCUCUCAAUCAACGUCAAAAAAUGGUUCUUCAAAGGAAGACAGAAGAGGCUGCAAUGGCGACUAAGAGGUUAAAAGAAUUGCUAGAAGCCCGAAAGUCUACCCGUGAAAACUCAGUGACGAGCAACGGGAAUGGAGCAAAUGGACAGAACAAUGAGAAGGCGUUGCAGCGUUGGCUUGAUCACGAGCUUGAAGUGAUGGUGAACGUACAUGAAGUUCGACACGAAUACAAGAAACAAAGCCAAGUGCGCGCUGCACUUGCGGAAGAGCUAGCGGUUCUCAGACAAGUUGAUGAAUUUGCUUCAAAAGGGGUUAGCCCUCCAAGAGGAAAGAACGGUUUCUCUAGGGCAUGUUCUUUGUCACCAAAUGCAAGAAUGUCAAGAAUAUCAUCAUUGGAGAGCAUGCUAAGCAUUGCAUCAAAUUCACUUGUAUCAAUGGCUUCGCAAUUAUCGGAGGCAGAAGAACGGGAACGCGCUUUUGCGAGCCGUGGUCGUUGGAACCACUUGCGGUCAAUGGCAGAUGCAAAGAAUUUGCUUCAAUAUAUGUUCAAUUCUCUUGCACAUGCAAGGUGUCAGUCAUUGGAAAAGGAUCUUGAAAUGAAGGAAAUGGAAGAAGAAUUUGUGGGGUUACUAAGACAAAGUGAAUUGAAACGAAAGGAAGCUGAGAAGGAGCUUAAAGUAAGGGAGCAAACGAUUGCAGUUGCAUUGGCUUCAUCACCUUCCGGAAACUCCCAUAAUUCAUUGAAACAUGUGGCGGACGAGAUGAGCGAUCCUUUAUCCCCGAGCUCUAUUCCAGCACCCAAACAGCUCAAAUACACUGCAGGCAUAGCCAAUGGUUCGGUCCGGGAAUCAGCAGCCUUUUUAGACCAUAAACGAAAGAUGGUUCCGGUGGGUCACAUGUCGCUAAAGAAGUCACCAAUGCUUGCGAAUCCACCUGGAAAAUUGUGGAGGUGGAAGCGGAGUCAUCAUCAAUGGCUACUCCAAUUCAAAUGGAAGUGGCAAAAACCAUGGAGACUUUCGGAACUCAUACGACACAGCGAUGAAACAAUGAUGAGAUCAAAACCGCGUUCACCAGCUGUACCGGAAGCCAUGUAUCAUCAUAGAAGACAUUGAGUUUAACGAAUUUGGUGGUGUAUAUUCUGUGGCACUUGUUAAUGUCUUUCUUGGGGUCUAGAGAACGUGUAGAUGUGUUUUCCGGUUUUGGUUUUUCUUUUUUAUUUUUGGCUAGUUGUAUCGAUUAUUUAGAAGUAGGUCAUGUAUCACUACGUGUAUUAAAAGGGUUCAUUCGUUUAUGACAACAAAAUAUACAAACAUAACAUGUAAUUCUCGUCAAGAGUGUUUUUAAUAUCCUCUUCCGCUAGAAUAUGUUACGGUUCGGCUCA